AUGAGGAUUUUGUUGUCGACGGCGCGUUUUCGUCGCCCUAAGCGAUCGCCAAGCGUCCCUCUACCUAUCGGAUUUCCGCGCUCUAUUGUCAGAAAGACACGAGCACUUCGUAUAUGCACACGACAAGCUCCACCAGUAAUUCUACAAGAUUCCAUGGGCGAUACAGUAGCGUUACUUGGACAAGAUGUAGACUUCACCUGCAAAGUGGACAAUCUUGGCAAGCAUAUGGUACUUAGGGAUUUUUUUGAUUGUUUUCCACUGAAGACCUCAAUCUUCCAGGUAGCCUUCGUUCGAGCUAGUACACCACCGAGGUUAAUUUCAUUUGAUGAAAAGAUUUUUCGACAGAAAGACAAAUACGAGUUGAAGCCAAAGAUGGGUCCGAUGAAUAACGAGUGGAUUCUCACGGUUAAAAAUGUGCAGGAAACUGACCGUGGCAAUUACUCAUGCCAAGUCAACGCUGAUCCAGUGUUGAGCUCAACAGCUGAGCUGGAUGUCAAAGCCACGAUUUUUUCGGAAGCAAAUAAGGUUUCGUGGAUUUGGUGCACUCCUAUAACUGCCCCUAUCAAUCUUAUAAUUAUUACUCCAAUUACCGUAUCGGUCACCUCCUCCCCCUCACUCCCACCACCUUCGCGCCCACAUCAUGCGUAG